CAACAUCAUUCGGCGUUGACCCGAGCUGUGAACCUGACACGAACCCACUGGGCUCCACAGCGACCCCUAAAGCACGCACAUACGUCAUCCAUCGAAACAAGGAACGCGUUUCACACACGCACACACGCAGACACUCGGCAAAGACACAAAGUAAGCCAUGUUCGGCUCAUACAGCUCCUCGAGCUCCCCGGGCAGCUCCCUCGACUCCUUCACAUCCUCGAGCCCCUACAGCAGCAGCAUGUCGGCGCCCAUGGACAUUGCGCCGCGCUCGUCGUCGUCGUCGCGGCGAGGACCCGAUCCCGAGUGCGCCUAUCCCUCGUGGCCGCGGCGGUCGUCGCUGGGCGAGGGCGACUCGGAGGAGCGGGCGUCCUCUUACAUCACCGACGACGAGCUGUACAUGGACGUCUUCGACGACGACGCCUGCAGCGUCUCGAGCAGCCAGGGCAGCGCCUCUCCGGCGCGCUCGCCCGCCGUCGUCCCCGCGGCGCCCGUCAUGACCGAGGCCGAGUUCCUCCAGCUGCAGCGGGAGCAGCUCGCGUACCAGCGCGAGAUGCGCCGCAUCCUGCUGGCCGAGAAGGAACUGCGCCGGCGACAGGCCGAGGCGGACGCGCAGCGCCGCCGGCCCGGCCCCAAGCGCCGCACCAGCUCCUCCAGGAAGGCGACCAAGAGCAAGCUCUCGGCCAUGACUACCAUCGUCGAGGCUGAGUGAUUUUGCUCCAUGUGUUCCUUUUUUGGUCUUGUUCUCUUCUUAAGACAGGAAGGGGAUGGCGGAGAGCGGCAGUUCGGAACCGAUCGGUGACAAUCAUGUUGAUUCCCAGGCUUUGCCCAUGUGCUACCGAGCCUACGGUGCAUUACCCGAAGCUUCCCGAUACGGCCAGUAACGGAGGGUUGACUAACAUGCGGCAAACAGAUGCAUCCACCGAUUGACUCAUUGUCGGGAGGGGGUGUGGGGGCGGCAUGCGCAAUCAACCUUGACCGUUGAUUGAUUAACCUGCUUCCCGGCGCGCAUGCAGCUUCCCGAGAGAGAGAGCCCUAUCUAGGG